AUGAUAAAUCCAAUGAUGGCCGUGAACCCUUUAUUGACAGCAUCAGGGCAUCAGAGGAUUCCACUGGUUCCCUCACCAUUUGAACCUCCAAGUGUGGACAGAGAUUUACUGCCUCCCACUGUAGCUCCAACUGACCCAAGACAGUUUUGUGUUCCUUCCCAAUUUGGAUUCUCUGCUCUACCAAAUGCAAAUAUGCCGAACGUGCUGUCCAGUCAUGUCUACUCAGGUUGGGGCAUUUUGCCACCUGAAUCCAUAAAGGCAAUGGCUAGAAGGAAUGAAAUGAUUCAAAGGCAGCAUACUGCCAGGAUGGAAAUGGAAAUGCAUGCCAUUUACCAACAAAGGAGAAUAGAAAAAGUUAAUUCCAAGGGACUGGCAGGCCUAGGGAUACCAUUCCUUUAUGGCUUCAGUAUCCCAGCUGGCCCAGCCACCGACCAUGGCAGGAGCAUGCUCCCUGCCAGUGACCUGCAUGCUCACAGAAGCGCCCUGAGAAACUUUCAGGGAAACCCCAUGCUAGUGGCAACCGGUCCGCACUUUCUAGAGAGCUGGGGGCAGAAAUGUCGUCGUCUCAGGAGAGGUACAGGGAAUCAGAAAGUUCUAGACAGUGACACCGAGGGUUCUAAAAGUGGAGUAGAAGAAAAGCCCCUAAGCCAAACCCGUGCAAUUCCCUGUGAAGAGAAUGAGUAUGCAAAAGACCCAGAAACAGACACUCUCAACAAUCAUAAGUUGGGUGAAACCGAAGAAAAGCCAUCUACAGCUCUUGCCCACACCUUUGGAGAGCUGGAGCGCGGCCAUGGAAAACCCUGGGGAGCUCAUGGCACUCCCCUGGAAGAAAAGGCCUGGGACGAUGGGAAGGAGAAGGCUUCAGAGCAGGUUUUGGCAGCCUGUGGUGAAAAGAAUGAGGUUUACCCGCCAGUUCCUCGACCAUCUCUGCCAGGAACACAUGUGCUUCUUACAAUCAAGGAAAAUCUGUCUUUGGAUGAAGAUAUUCAGAAAUGGACCGUGAAUGAUGUGUACAACUUCAUUAGUGGCCUUCCAGGUUGUUCAGACUAUGCUCAGGUGUUUAAAGAUCAUGCAAUUGAUGGAGAAACUUUGCCAUUACUCACAGAGGGGCAUCUUCGAAGCACUAUGGGCUUAAAGCUGGGGCCGGCACUAAAGAUCCAAUCGCAGGUAUCUCAGCAUAUGGAAAGUAUAUUCUACAAGAAAAGUCUUUCACUUCCUACCCACACGAAACAAGCAUUCAAUCAACCAACAGAUACAAACCCUCUUUUGGAUUUUAAUUCCUGGAGUGAUACACUGGACGUUCCUUGUUCCCAGGAUAUGAUCAUUCCUAAAAGAAAUGAGCGAGAUACUAUGAGAAAUUAAAACCCUCACAGAGCAAGAACAGUCUUAAUCGGUUUUCUGAAAAGUCUGGCAUAUUCUGAAGGGUGUGCGGGGGUUUCCCAGGACCAGAUGGCGGAUCAGAGGGAGAGAAAGCCCACCCUCCUGAGCUCUCUGGGAGGAGGCCUUGCCCAGGCUUCCUGAGGUGACCACAUCACAGAGUGGCUGGAGGCGUAUCCUUGGAAGCAAAUACUAAAUGAAGGAUAGAAUUUGCAAACAUCAAAUUUGUAUAUAUAAAGAGGUGUAUUUCUUUUUUUUUCCUUCCAGUUUUAUUGAGAUACUGUUGACAUAACAGCACUGCAUAAGUUUCAGGUGUACCACAUAAUGA